UACCCAAAUAAAACCACAUCUUCACUUCUCCACACACAUCAAACCUCAUCUUCACUAACUCAUCAACAUGGCUUCAACUACACCUCUUGUUCUCAUUCUUCUCACUCUCAUUCCCUUCCUAACUCUAGCCCAAAAAGCACCAGCACCAGCACCUUCAGGCCCAAUCAACAUCACCGGAAUCCUUGAUAAAGGUAGCCAAUACACCUUCCUCAUCCGUCUCCUCAAUGAAACUCAACAACUCACUCAAAUCCAAUCCCAACUCAACUCAACUUCUCAAGGCUUCACUAUCUUUGCCCCAACCGACAACGCCUUCCAAAACCUUCCAUCAGGAGCUAUCAACGAUCUCUCAGAUGAACAAAAAGUGCAACUCAUUCUCUACCACGUGACACCAAAAUACUACUCCCUCUCCGAUUUUCUAACCGUUUCUAACCCUGUUAGAACACAAGCUUCCGACAAAAGUGGACCAUGGGGUCUUCACUUCACUUCACAAGGUAACCAAGUCAAUGUUUCCUCUGGAGUUGUUACUGAACCUAUCAACAAUGCUUUGAGACAAAAGUUUCCUUUGGCCGUUUAUCAAUUGGACAAGGUUUUGUUACCUACCGAGCUUUUUGGCCCUAAGGCUCCGGCUUCUUCUCCGGCUCCUAAGUCCUCGAAAACUCCUUCUAAAACUCCGAGCAGCGCCGCAGUUGAAGGUGAUGCUCCGUCUCCGGCGUCUAGCAAGAAGGAUGAAAGUGCGGCAGGAAGGAAUGUUGGGUUUGGAUUUGUUGUUGGAGUUGGUUUGAUUUGCAUGGCAGUUCUUGCUUGAUGAGCAAGUUUUUUUUAUUUUAAUUUUAAUUUCAUGUACUUUUUUUAUUUGUUUUUCUUUUUCUUGGGUUUGAUUUGAUAUGAACCUGGCUUAUUCUUUGUAUUUAAUUUAUGUUUUUUUUUUCUUUCUACAUGUAUAUGUAAUGCUUGUCUUACAUAUUUUGAAGGAUUUAAAUGGCAUUUUUUAUGAGUAUAAUUGUAUAAAUAAGUUUUACAUUGAAAUUUAAUCAAAAUUUGACUA